GAUGCUGGCCCCCGGCAUGGGCGGCCUCGCUGGCAUCUCUGCCGAGUCAACAAGUCUGGGGCUGCCCUCUGCCCGGCGAUCUGCACGGAAUGGAGCGUCUUCCUGGGGAGCAGGGCUGGGAGUGCCCGGAGCGUAGGCCGGGGCAGGCUGGGGCUGCCAGGGCUGGGGAUGCAUGGGGUAGGGGGAGGCCAGACACCCCCAUGGACACGCGUGGCCCCUACGCACUCCUGCUGCCCGUCCAUGGGCAGAGUGGCCCUUACGCUGCCCCACCCUGCUCGUAUCUGUAGCAUCUGGGGACUCCUGGGCUUCGCCAUCCGCUGCCUGAUGUGGGUAAGUGCCCCAGCCUCACAGCCGCCAACCAAGGCUGGGGGUUGAGACCCAAAUGGGAUGAGAAAGGGGUCCCUUGCUAAAGAAACUCCCUGUAGAGUGGGGUCCAGUCACCCCGUCAGUCACUGCCUGGGUCACCUCUUCCCAGCCCACCUGGCUGAGUGUAGCUCUGUCCUGUGUCUGCCUCUGCCGUGCUGCCCCUGCCUGGCCCGCUCCCCAAACACCUGCUCCCCCUAGUGUCCAGCAGCCUCCUGGCUGCUAUGCUCCCAGCCCGGGGCAACCUCAUCCUGCGGAGAUGUCUCGUUUACGUUGAGCCACGCUUCAUGUUCCGGCCAGGGGUGUGGGGGGUUAGCACGGAGGUCCACUGCAGACAUGCCCACGCUCAGAUGGCAGCCCCGCCUCCCUGAUGGGCCAGGGAGGAACCUUCCCAGAGCAACCGGCUUGAAGGGUCGGGGGGAGAGACAGAGCGGGUCCCAGGUAGCAGGAAGGGCCCUGGCUCUGGCCGUGGGGAGCAGUGUUUGGUUACCUGGGCAGAACCCAGGGCCAGGUGCGCUCCCUUUAUCUUGUCCUGGGCACUGUUCUGGGGCUGCCUCCCCCAUCCCCAUCAGAGCACCCCGUCUGUUAGGGAAGCAACUGUUGACCCCGUCACGCCAGCAGCCACAGGGAGCCAGGGCCCCAGAGGGCUGAGGGGCCUCCAGGGCGUCUCCUGCCCAGCCUCUCCCCAGCCUUCACCCCUCAGAGGGCAUCUGUGGGGAGACAGUCACUGAGUGCUGGCCCUCGAAGGCAGGAGACAGAGCCUUGGCAAGCCUGGGAGUAGCAAUCACUGUCUGCUUUCAAAUCCCUGCUCUGCCUCUGUUGCCCUGGGGCAGAGGACUUCACUUCUCUGGGCCUCAGUGUCCUCAUCUGUGAAGCGGGCAUCACACCUGGCCCCCUGGGUGGUGGAGAGGAAGAUGGAGCUAGGGUGCAGCCAGCCUUGAUGUGUGUGCUGUUGCCUUCGUCCUAUGGACGUCCAUUUAGAGCAGCACCAGGUGAAUGGGUCAGCAUAGCCCCGAGUCAGGCGCGCCAGGCCCUGGACUGAGGGGACUCCCACCCCGUGCCUCCCUCACGGCAACCGUGAGAGGCAGGUGCCCACUCAGCAAUGAGGAAGCCGAGGCUCGGAGAGUGAAGUCACCUGCCCAAGGUCACAUAGCUGGGCCACGGAGGAGCUGGCAUCCCAGCUCCUUGUCCACCCCCCCCAACCACCAGCAGAAGUGCCCGGGCCCGUGGCUGUCUUGAGGAGACUUAGGCAGCGCUGUGGGAUGCAUCUCCAUUCCUUACCAGGGCCGGGGACACAAGACUGAGUCCAGUCCUCAAGAGCAGAGAGCACUGGGACAGGCAGGCGCUGGGGAAGGGGCGGGGACAGGCGGGCAAACCGGUCGGGCGGGCGCUGGGCUGGGGCCUCCAUCAGGAUGGGCCUGUGCUGACAGUCCGGGCUGGCGCGGCAGCAGUUCGCAGGGCAGGCAGCUGGGGCCGUGAGGCCGCCGUCAGGUACGAGUGGACCCGGGACUGGGGGUGGGGAGUGGUGGACAGGCUCCCAACCGUCAGCACCCCAGUUUCCUCUGCCCCUCAGCCUUUCCCCAUCCCUGUCCCCUACACAGCAUCCUUCCCCAUCCUGCUUUCGGCUCUUCACGUUUGAAACGCGGUACACUCAUCUUGUUUGCUGAGCCUCUCCCCAAAUUGGACCACCGUGAUUUCAUUGCUCCCUCACAAUUCCCCCUCCAUCGUAUCAUUCAAUCCCCACAGGUACUCAGCUCUGACUUUCACCCUGCUUCUCAGCUGCUCCCCAGCUCAGCUCACUAGCUCCAUGUCCUUCCAAAGCGUGCCAGCCUCCCACAGCACCCCACACCUUAAUGACCGCUUUUGUCACUCAGCCACCACACCGGACCCCCUAUUUCCCCAGCCCACAUCUGCUCAGCACUCCCCAAUGUCCUAGCCUCUUAGAAACUACCAGAGGCUUCCCGACACGCAACCUCAAAUUAGCCCCUAGCCACCCCCAGCAGUUCUCCGUUCCCUCCUCUGGCCAUCCCUCUUCAUCCUGCCCCUCACUGUACCCUGAAGGCCACCUCUGCCCCCUCCUCCCAAGUGACUUAGGAACCCAGCAUAUGGGACUUGGCCUCUCCCCUGUCCGAGCUUUUGGGCAGGGCAGGGCUCCUGACCUUAGCUCUGUGCUGUUCAUGACCCAGAGGCUACGCUGAGCCUGUGCGCCCCCUCCUGCCCCAGGAAGAGGCACCCAGCUGCCCGGCUGCCAUGCACAAGCAUUACAAAGUCCACUUUGCCAAGGACGCCCAGAGCCCCAACGGGCACUACUUCUGGGACCCAGAGUUGGGGCACCAAAAAGGAUGCUGUCAUCAGUGGCGCCAGGACUCAGCAGCCCUCCGAGCCCACGGGCCCUGUCGACCUUCCCCCCAGUCACACUGGCAGCUGGCCUACCACAGCCACCGAGUGGGUGGCAGUGGCUGGCGCCGGGGCCUCCCGGCCUCCGUCCUGCAACAGCAGCGGCAGCCCCAGCCCCAGCCCCCACCUCCCAGCCCCCUUCGGCAGCGGCUCUGCCCCAUUCACGAAGCCCAGAAGGGGCUGCCUGCAACCUCCACCGUCCCCAGGGAACCAGCCGGCGCCCUUCAGGCGCCCCCCUUACCCACCACGGCACCAGCCAUGGCCAGCAGUGGCCCAGCCCUAUCUUCCGCGGCUGGCAUCUUCCUGGAGCCCAGCGAGCCCACUGAUGCCCGGCCUCUGCCCGCCCCAGCGGCCUGUGGCUCCUUCACCUACAGCCCCGACAUCCUGACAGAGGAUGACGUCUACUGCAGCUGCCUGGCCAAGACACUCUGCCAUGUGCCGGUCCCUGUGACUGUGGGUUUCUACGCCCCUUUCGGCUGCCGCCUGCACAUGAUGCUGGACAAGAUCACGGCGCUGAUGCAGCAGGAGGCGGCGCAGCGUGAGAGGGAGGAGCUGCAGCACGUGCAGUGGCGGCCGCGCGCCGUCAGCGGCUGGGGCGUCCCGCAGCUGCUGUGGUACCUGGUGUUCCUGCAGCCCAUCAUCACCGAGGUGCACCUGCGGCGCAGGAACGUGCAGUUUCUUUUCAUCCGCUUUAGCGCCUGGCAGUAUGAGGGCACCGACAAGCUGUGGGCCGGCCUGGUGACCACGUUGUGCGAGGGCAUCCGCCACCACUACGGCGCGCUGCCCUUCAGCGUGUACUCGGUGCUGGGCAACAAGCCGGCCACCAGGCAGGACUGCUGCCAGAGCGAGUGGCACUGCCGGCGCCGCGUGUGCCUGGGGCUGCUGGGGCUGCUGGCGGCGCUGGGCCUGGGCGUGGGGCUGCUCUACCUGUCGCUGGGCGGCCACGCACUGGGCCACGGCAGCCCGAACGGCAGCCUGCUCAAGGCGUUCGGCGGCGCGGCCACCACACUGUCGGGCUCGGGGCUGCUCAUGGCCGUGUACUCGGUGGGCAAGCACCUGUUCGUAAGCCAGCGCAAGAAGAUCGAGCGGCUGGUGUCGCGCGAAAAGUUCGGCAGCCAGCUGGGCUUCAUGUGCGAGGUGAAGAAGGAGGUGGAGCUGCUCACCGACUUCCUGUGCUUCCUGGAGGUCUACCAGCGGCGCCGGCUGCGCGUGGUGCUGGAGGUCACCGGGCUGGACACGUGCUACCCGGACCGUGUGGUGGGCCUGCUCAACGCCAUCAACACGCUGCUGUCCGACAGCCACGCGCCCUUCAUCUUCAUCCUGGUCGUGGACCCCAGCAUCCUGGCCGCGUGCCUGGAGAGCGCAGGCAACAUGAAGGGCACGGCCGACAACGGCUACCUCUUCCUCAACCGCACGGUCACGCUGCCCUUCUCUGUGCCCAUCAUGGGCCGCCGCACCAAGCUGCAGUUCCUGCACGAUGCGGUGCAGAGCCGCGACGACCUGUUGUACCGCGAGAUCACGCGCAAGCCGUGGCUGCCCGGGGACGCCAGGGGCGAGAGCGCGCAGCUGCUGGCGGUGCAGACGCAGACGCAGGCGGGGGCGGAGCGCGGGCAGAGCCGCAUCGACGCCGAGGCUGCGCGGCGCAUCCAGGAGGCUCUCUUUUGCCUUCACGACGAGCGCGACUGCCUCUACGAGUACGUGCCCGACAACGUGGUGUCCAUGCGGCGCAUCGUCAACACUGUGCCCAUCACCGUGCGCCUGCUGCAGCAGCAGCAGCAGGGGGACUUCGGGGGCCCCACGCCGCGCCAGGCGGUGGCGUGGGUGGUGCUCGCCAACCAGUGGCCGUGCCGCCUGAGCUGGGCGCUGCAGUGCCUGGAGGACCGGCAGCAGACGGGGGGCGCGCCUGAGGGCCGCGCGCGCCUCUGGGACGUGUUCCGCGACAACAGCCGCGAGCUGCACACUAUGACCAAGGCGUUGCAGAACGUACUCGACCUGGACGGCGACCCUGAGCUCUUCGAGCGCUUCCUGGGCGCCGACUUCCCCUUCACCGUGGCCGAGGCGCAGAGCCUGCUGCGCUGCACGGUCAACCUGGACCACUCAAUCCGCCGGCGCAUGGGUCUCAUCCGAGCCGUCAGCGCGCUCAAGCCGCCCAGCCCGCCCAAGUCCCCUGCCCGCGAUGCCCCCCACGCUGCCCACCGGACCAACAGCACCUCCAGGGCGCCUCCGUCGGGCCGUGCCGCAGGGCAAGCUAGCGAAGGCCACCACGCUGGGGACUUGACCCACAGGGGCAAGCUAUGGCCGGUGGCCUGCGCGCUCUUCCGUCCAGGGCAAUCCAGCCCAGGUGGGCCUUGAAUGGAGGACUUGGCGGGCAGCAGGAGGCAAGAGUUCCUCUAUCUGCCUAGAUGGGGGAAUAGGCGGCUGGACUGAACCCAGGGUCCCAAUGAGCCCUGUGAGGGCCACACCCCCAGGUGAAUCUAAGCCAGAGCCGUGGACAGAGCCUCCAGGAGUGGGGCGGCGAGCCGGUGGCAGCAUGAGAGCAGGCACAUAAGGACCAAUGAGGAACUCAGGAUGUACGUGCAAUAAAUGGAGGUGUUGAGAGCCCCGAGUUGCUCUCUGCAUCCUGAUCCGACCAGGGACCAGGCCUGCCCCGUCCUGCCACAGGGCCUGCCCCAUCCUGUCAAGCCCACUUCCUCCUCUGCGCCAUGCUGGCCUUCUCAUCUGGCAUCUCCGUGGCAGGAGAGGCUGCAGGGGCGGUGGACGAGGCUGCAGAGCUGGGAGAUGACAGGUGGAUGGGCGGGGUUGACUCAGGCAACAUGGAGCGCCCAGGCCUCAGGGAAUCCCAGUCCUUGUCCCCAUGCCCUAGCCUGCCCCUCUGUGAGUAGGGCAGGAGCUGGCAUUUCCGAGGGUGACCUCGGUGACCUCAGCAGGCUGCUCCACCCCUAGGGUGGCUCUCAUUCUCAAUGUAAUGGGUUAAUUAGACCUCGCUGGCACCUCAGCCAGUUGGGGUGGGUGGCACUAACCUCCCUCAAAUAACUGUCCACAGGGUACCUGCCUUACGAGUCACUCCAGGGCCACCUAAGGACCACUGGUUAGUCACUGACACUGAAGCCACUGCAUCAGCCCUUUGAUGAGGACAGGGAAGUUGGGCAGAGAUGGGGACAUACAGGACCCAAGCCACAGCCAGCCAGGGGGGUUACACUAGGGCUCCCCACCUUUCCUCUGGACAGCGCCCUGGGCUGGGGUGGGUGUCACUCCUCUGGGCAGUUCCUGAUUCCUCAUUGGUCAAAUGUUCAGCCACACGCUCAGGCCCUGGGGUGCCUGACCCAGUUCCAAGUGUGUGCUGGCAGGGACUCCAAGGGCCAACACUGAACACACCCUGGGAUGAGGCUGAGGGUGUGGCUUCUGAGCCAGGGCCCUGAGGCUGGCAGAGGGGACAGUCCCCGAGGAACCUGAGAGCUCUGCAAAGGCACACACCCUCAGGCCAUGGGACUGGGGUCACUGACCUCACAGUUCUUUAGCUCCAAGGCUGGGCAUGGCAUCCAGGUCUGGCUGCAGCACCAGAAUCCUCUGGCCACAGCAAUUGUCACAGGUGCAUGCGGGUCAGUGGUAGCCCUCCAGGAUCUUCCCUUGAGCAAGCAGAGGUGCUGUUUCCCAUUCCUGGCCUGGCUAAGCUGGUGAUACACCUGGACCUCCUGGGAGCUGUUUCCUAGCUGUCAGGGAGAGUUGGCCUCCGAGGGAGAGGCAUGGGGCCUGUGACACCGUUAAGUCUGUUUCUGUAGAUGUGUGGUUGGGGUCAGUAUAUCCCUUUAGCCUCCUCUAAGCCAGUUUCAGCUGGUUUUGUUUCUUACUACCUGGAAUCCAGGCUGAAAAUAAAUUUUCACUGUUACCAGGA